UGGCUCGCGGGCUCUCGUUCCUGCACAGCCACUCUCCCGCCCAUCAUCCACCGCGACUUGUCGGCCAGAAACGUUCUCCUGAACGAGGGGGAUGGUGGCCAAGAUAGCCGACCUGGGCAUGGCUCGCAUCGUGCCGAGUCUGCGAGCUUCCACCAUGACCAAGGCACCAGGAGCCUCCAUCUACAUGCCUCCAGAGGCUCUGGAAGACGAAUCGAGAUACGACGUCACGAUCGAUAUCUUUUCUCUCGGAGUUCUCGCAAUUUUCGCACUCUCCCAAACGUUUCCCAAACCUUUGGCACCAACUUACAUGGAUGACAAUGAUAGGGUAGUUGGGCGAACAGAGUUUGAGCGUCGUGGCAACUACAUGCGGGAGGUAAGGAGGCAAUUCCGGGAGGGGCAUCCCCUGGUCCAAAUGAUCCAGCGGUGCCUGAAGAACAGGAUGAGAGAGAGACCGACCAUCCAGCAAGUGAUGGGGUUGCUGGAGGAGGCCAGAGCCGAGGUUGAAGAUGGUGAAUAUGACGUGAACAAACUGUCACUGGCUCAACUGCUGCAGUCCAGAAACCUCAACAUCCAACAACAGGGAAUCCAAAUCGAUCAACAGCAACAGCAAAUCCGCCAAAAAGAUGGGGAAAAUCAUGCCCUGAGGGAGCAAAUGAAGCAACGAAAGAGCAAAAUGAAGCACUGAAAGAACAAAAUGAUGUUCAAAAGGCCCAGAUUGCAUCCCUGGAGGAGCAAGUUCAGGCUCUCCGAGCUGAAAAGACACCGAUCACGUCCGCAAAAGACCACACCCACUCCAAAACAAGUCGUGUCAGGAGCCAGACCAUUCUCUUC